UCUGCGCUCGGGCUGUGGGGACCGUGUGCUUUGCAGGCAGCGCUGAGACGCGGGGAAAGCAAGGCUCCGCAAAUCCCUUCAGCUGCUUCCAGCCCGCGCUCCCCGGAACGAGAGGACGGGACGCUCCUUCGUUGGAGGUUUUAUGGUUUUUGUAGCACUUCAGGACUGAGCCCCAGAGAGGGGGGAUGUGUCCCUGCAUUUGUAUGAAAUCCCGGAUGAGUCGCAGCCGGAUCCCAAAAUAACCUGCAAGUGGGAACGGGGCUUUCCGCCUGCCUGCAUUUCUCCUGGUUAUUGUCUGGCUGUCUGAGGGACGUGGGACAGCUCCAGGUCCUUGAGGAAGCUCCCAGUUACCUCUGGACAUGAUGCUGGUCACCGCAAGAGGAUGGAUGCUGCUGCUACUGCUGCUGUUGGGAGCCACAGCCAGUUCAGGUCAAAGGCUUGUUAGACAAGGCCUUGGCAGGAUCCAGAUAGGACAGAAAACCUUCAGACCGAUAGUGAUGCUCAGCCUAGAGGGUACGAGGAGCAGCCCCCGUCGGUUGGACCCGAUCUUCACCAGCGCCAGACGCACUGUUCUGGUGCAAGAUCCCAGAAAGUUCUUGUCUCCAUGGUCAAAAUGGAGUGAGUGCUCAGGAACGUGUGGCCAAACUGGUGUGCAGAAGCGGACCCGAUCCUGCCUGGCGGAUCGCCUCUGGGGCGUGCACUGCAAUGAAGUCAUGGAGGAAGGGCGGCUCUGCAUCGGACACGUCUGCUCAGGCUGCAACAUCACCUGCCCCAUGGGCCGCGUGAACGCCGACUGCGAUGCAUGCAUGUGCGAGGACGUGACCCUGCAUGGAAAGGUCUCCUUGGAGGAUGGUUCACCCGCAGACAACGCCCGGGUCUACCUGCAAGCCAACAAUCUCAAGCUGUUGACGACAGCUGACAAUAAGGGCACGUUUAGGAUUCCUGGGGUCUGUCCCGAUGGCAGCAACACCCUCAAAAUAAAGAAAGCCAAAUACACGACCGCAGCCAUCACUGUACCGGAGACCAACAGGAAGAACCUGGCGCUCCAAGUGCAGCUGAAGAGAUCAGGCAAACCCUAUGUUUUCAAGAGCCCUGAUGACAAGGCGAGGAGAGUGGGGCAGAGCGUGUCACUCUGCUGCAAUGCUGUGGGGACUCCGGCCCCAGAUCGCUAUCUGUGGUACCACAAUGGCUCCCUGCUGGAUCCUUCUAUAUAUAGAUAUAAAAACAACCUCAUUCUGAAGAACCUGAACAGAGGGCAGGCAGGAGAAUAUUUCUGCAAGGCCAUCAGUGAUGGAGGUUCAGCAAAAUCCCAACCUGCCACGCUUUCUGUAAUAGGAAAACAAGAGGCAGCCUGCAGCUCCCAGCCUCAAAGCCACCUCAUUCGUCUUCCGCACGACUGUUUCCAAAAAGCAACUGACUCGUUCUACUACGACGUGGGCAAGUGCCCAGCAAGGACCUGCGUUGGGAAGCUGGAUAAGGGACUCCGCUGUAAGGACAACAUCUCCUACUGCUGUGGGGUGUCUAAGAUGGAAGUGAGAGAGAUCCUGUGCGAUGGGUACACGCUCCCCACCAAAGUCGCCGUAGAAUGCGGUUGCAAAAAAUGCACCGAGACAAAAAUAACAGUUCGGGGCAGAGCUACAGCGGUGGAUAACGGUGAGCCACUGAGGUUUGGCCACAUCUACAUGGGGAACAAGAGAGUGAGUAUGACUGGCUACAAGGGAACCUUCUCCAUCCACGUCCCACCGGAUACUGAAAGACUGGUUCUAACCUUCGUUGAUCGGCUGCAGAAGUUUGUGAACACAACAAAAGUUUUGCCGUUCAAGGAAAAUGGAGGUGCUGUGUUUCAUGACAUUAAGUUACUACGAAAGAAAGCCCCUGUUACACUGGAAUCCACUGAAACCAGUGUAAUUCCCUUGGGAGAAAAGGAAGAUGAGGAUCCUAUUGCUGAAUUAGAAAUCCCUCCUGAUUCAUUUUACAGGAAGAAUGGAGAACCUUACAGAGGAAAAGUGAAAGCCAGCGUGACGUUUCUGGACCCAAGAGAACUCUCAACAGCGCCUGUGACACAAAGCGACCUGAACUUUGUAGAUGACGAAGGAGAUGUGUUCCCGCUCCGCACGUAUGGCAUGUUUUCCCUGGACUUCACUGAUGAACAGGGCACCGAGACUCUUAAUGCAGAAGAUGUGAAGGUCCACUUGGACACUGCUCAGGUGAGGAUGCCAGAGCACAUACAAGAAAUGAAGCUUUGGUCACUGAACCCUGAGACAGGCUUAUGGGAGGAAGAGGGGGACUUCAACCUGGAGAAAAGCAGACGGCGCAGAAGAGAGGAGAGGACUUUUUUGGUUGGGAACAUGGAGAUCAAGGAAAGGCGGCUUUUUAACCUGGACGUCCCAGAGAGCAGACGGUGCUACGUCAAAGUCCGAGCAUACAGAAGUGAGAGAUUUUUGCCAAGCGAGCAGAUCCAAGGGGUGGUGAUUUCUGUUAUAAACACGGAGCCAGAACCAGGGUUCUCCUCCAACCCUAGAGCAUGGGGCCGUUUUGACAGCGUGGUCACUGGUCCCAAUGGUGCUUGUGUGCCAGCUUUCUGUGACGAGCAGAACCCGGAGGCCUAUGCAGCUUACAUUUUGGCGAGCUUGGGGGGUGAAGAACUUGAAGCAGUGCCCUCUGCUCCCAAACUCAAUCCUAAUGCCAUUGGCGUCCCACAGCCAUAUCUCAACAAGCUCAACUACAGGAGAACAGACCACGAGGAUCCUAACACAAAGAAAACCGCAUUCAGAAUCAAUAUGGCCAAGCCAAGUCCAAAUUCUGCAGAUGAGAACAAUGGCCCUAUUUAUGCCUAUGAAAAUCUGAAAGAAUGUGAGGAAGCUCCAUACAGCGCUGCUCACUUCAGGUUUUACAGGAUAGAGGGAGAUCGGUACGACUACAAUACUGUUCCCUUCAGUGAAGAUGACCUCAUGAGCUGGACCGAUGACUAUCUGGCAUGGUGGCCCAAACCCAUGGAAUUUAGGGCUUGCUACAUAAAAGUCAAAAUUAAUGGACCCCAAGAAGUGAACAUAAGGUCUCGCAACAUGGGUGGGACGCAUCCACGCACCAUUGGCAGGCUCUAUGGCAUCAGGGACGUCCGCAGCAUUCGGGAUCCUGAGCAGCAGGACGUGUCAGCAGCCUGCCUGGAGUUCAAGUGCAGUGGCAUGCUCUUCGACCAAGACCGUGUGGAUCGCACGCUUGUGAAAGUCAUCCCACAAGGCAGCUGUCGCCGGGAGAGCGUUAACAGCAUGCUCCACGAGUACCUGGUGAACCACCUCCCCAUGGCUACCAACAACGAUUCCAGUGAAUACACAAUGCUGGCACCCCUUGACCCCCUGGGGCAUAACUAUGGCAUCUACACCGUCACUGACCAGGACCCGAGGAUCGCCAAGGAAAUUGCUUUGGGCAGGUGUUUCGAUGGCACAUCAGAUGGCACCUCCAGAAUCAUGAAGAGUGAUAUCGGUGUUGCGCUGACUUUCACCUGUUCGGAGAGGAGCGCAGCAGAGCAAAGCUUAUUUGAGUCCCAGAGGAACUUAGGCCAGCAGUCCGUGCAGGUACCACCAAGGGAGAGCCCUGCAUACCAAAGGCCGGUGGGAAGCCGCCAGAUCACCCAAAGCAGAAUCCAGAUGAGAGGUCAACGUCCUUCUUCAUACUAGAGCUAUAGAGGAGCCUAGGUAAAGUCACUCACGUUUGAUUAAAAAAAAAGUAUCUACCUGCAAAUAGCCUAAUUCAAAGCAGGCAGAUGUCAGCAUUUUUGAGACAUUAUAUUCCCCUCCCACUCCCUUUUUUUUUUUUUAGUUUUAUUUUUGCAUUGCACCACAAAGGAAAGAUAUAAGGCAGUUCUUGUAAGUGAAUUCCUGCCUUACUAACAGCAUCAAAAAAAUCUGAGAUAAAACAACUUCACCUGAUAGCCUAAAGGGAAGACUAAACACACAGUUCAAUUAAGUCACAUACACAAGACAUCCUCCUAUUCUGCAUUUGCAGACUUUGCCAGCCCAAGUACCUGUACAGUAGUUGGUAACAUGAAAAGGAAUAAACUGAUUUUCCCAUACUGAAUUCAACUGCAAGGUUUUGUACUUGAAAUGUAAGUAUUUUAUUUAUUUCUAGCUUGUUUUAGAAUGAUUGUAUUCAAGCUAAACUACCACCAGCUGCAUUUCUAAGAAGUCACAUGCUUGAGAGCACAGAGAAGCCAUAUGGAUCUGUAGGCUCCGCAUGGAUAAAAUUAGUUUUCUCUUGCUUCUUGCAUGGUUUUUCUCCUCAAGUAAUGCUCUACAGUAGGGUAGAUGAAUUUAAAAAAAAAAAAAAAAAAAAAGCCAUUUUGUGUAAUUUUGGCAAUGCUAUAUUACCUUUGUGUUUGACAUGCCCAAGUAAAUAAACCAUGUGUAGAGCUGACCAAAGAACAACCUACAAAAUUUCACUUUUCAAUGUGAGACUGACACUGGGUAUUGGAAAGGGAUUUGGUGGGCAGCUGCUGCUCCCAAGUCCAAGGCUUUGCCCCAAAACACUGCAGUCAGGGAAUCAGUCUCCAACUUGCAAGCAGCACCACAUCCACGAGAUUAAAAGGGGCAGCAAGUGUUGGGAGGUCAGGGCAAGGGGUGCCUAAAAGGGAGCAGCAGAGUUCCUAGAGUUUGAGAGCACUGGGAAGGAAAAAGGCUGGGGAUCAGCGUUUUAAAGAUGACAGAAAAUUUAGGUAACACAUAAACACAGAUGGCCACAGAAGAGGUCAGAGUGUGACCAAACUCCAAGAGCUCUACUUAACAGUGCCCUACAAAACCCUGUGGCUGUGCCUUUGUGCCACUACUUGUAGAGAGGAAUCUGGGACCUCAUCAGCACAGAGCACAUCCCAGGUUUGCACCCAAACAUAUCUGGCAAACUUUUUUGGAGCAGGUAAGCCAACAGGCCUCCAGCACUCAAAUCUUCACAGACAGGGAUCACAAAAAAAGGGCUCCUUUUUAACGAAAACUGACUUGAAACGCACGCCCCACUGUGCAUUUCCCUCUCUCCUACCACUCGUUCCUCUCCUACAGAUAUUAAUACAAUCCUGAUACAGGUCUGUG